CACCUCCUGGUGAAGCAUAGUCAAUCACGUCGCCCGUCCUCCUGGAGGGAGGAGAACAUCACACGCUCCAAAGACGAGGCCCUCGACCUUAUACAAAAGUACAUGGAGCAGAUGAAGUCAGGAGAGGAGGAGUUUGAGGCUCUGGCCUCUCAGUUCAGUGACUGCAGCUCGGCACGCAACGGAGGAGACCUGGGACUGUUCGGCAGAGGUCAGAUGCAGAAGCCGUUUGAGGAUGCGUCCUUUGCUCUGAAGGUGGGAGACAUGAGUGGUCCGGUGUUCACCGACUCUGGAGUUCACAUCAUCCUCCGCACGGGAUAGAGACAAGCUCUGAUACCCCUGAAUACCCCCAUCACCUCCUGAAUACCCCCAUCACCUCCUGAAUACCCCUAACACCUCCUGAAUACCCCAACACCCCCUGAAUACCCUCUAAAUACCCCAUCACCCCCUGAAUACCCUCUAAAUACCCGAUCACCUCCUGAAUACCCUAUCACCCUCUGA